AUAUUGUUAACUAGAAUGAAAAAUUAAGUCUCUCUGUAAGUAGUUUCAGAUUUUUAGAGUGAAAAGGUUGUACAUGAAGAUGAUUCCGCUCUUCUUCUGUCAGUCCUCAGUAGGAUCUUAAGUGAAUCAACCCCUCCCACUUCAGAGACGAACUUGUUGAAUAUAAUGCAUUAACUUAACUGUGCGUGAUUUCUCUAAAAUCCUUCGGUUAAUUGUAGCACACAGGUGUUUCAUUUAACUUUUUAUUCUUCACAUGCUCCAACACGUAUUAAAUAUCUACUUUGCCUGGAACUUCAUUGUUCCUGUUCAGCUCCACAACUGUCAGUACAACAGCUGCUGUCUCAGGAUUGUGAAGGAGGAUGCAAAUCCAGAGAAGUUACAUCCCUCACCCAUAGUUCACAGUUCAGUACCGGGCAGGUCUGAGGUUUAAACUCAUAUCAACUGACAGAGUUCCUUUUUUUUUUUUGGUAUUCUUUCUCCUAUCUCAUGUUGAAUUUUUUGUUUUCUCUGAUUUUCCAGAAAGGAUUUUGAAAUCUGCCUUAAAAUUGAUUUGUGUCAUUGGAAUGAAUAAACAAUAUUGGCAAACACUAAUGCUAUAAGACCAUUUUUUUAUGCUAGUUGUCAUCUUUUCCAUAAUUUAAAUUUCUAGCAAAAGUUUGCAAUGUUUCAUCUAACUUACGGGCAGCAGUUGAAUGUGUCUUCAGUCUUUGUAAAUUCUCAGGAUUUGGCAGGAAACCAUGACUUGAUAAGUGUAAUCUGGGACAACUUCUGUGAAUAACGCCCUGCAUUCCUGGGGUGCAGGAGCAAGAUAGUAAGCUUCUUGACAACUAGGCAGACAUUGGAUCAGCGAGGAAGUCCUUAGUUUAAGAUGAGAGAAUUGUCACAGAAAUACUCACAGCAGAAUAGAGCAUGUGUGCCGCCCGCCGCAGAGUGGGCUGUGCCUCAGUCAUCCAGACUGAAGUACCGGCAGUUAUUCAACAGUCACGACAAGACUAUGAGUGGACACCUAACAGGUCCACAAGCAAGAACUAUUCUCAUGCAAUCAAGUUUACCACAGGCUCAGUUGGCUUCAAUCUGGAAUCUUUCUGACAUUGAUCAAGAUGGAAAACUCACAGCAGAAGAAUUUAUCCUGGCUAUGCACCUAAUAGAUGUAGCUAUGUCUGGCCAACCGCUGCCACCUGUCCUGCCUCCGGAAUACAUUCCACCUUCCUUUAGGAGAGUUCGGUCUGGCAGCGGUAUAUCUGUCAUAAGCUCAGCCUCUGUAGACCAGAGGUUACCAGAGGAACCAGUGUUAGAAGACGAACAGCAACAAUUGGAAAAGAAAUUACCUGUCACAUUUGAAGAUAAGAAGCGGGAGAAUUUCGAACGUGGCAACCUGGAGUUGGAGAAACGAAGACAGGCUCUGUUGGAGCAGCAGCGCAAGGAGCAAGAGCGCUUGGCCCAGCUGGAGCGAGCGGAGCAGGAGAGGAAAGAGCGGGAACGCCAGGAGCAAGAACGCAAAAGACAACUGGAGCUGGAGAAGCAGCUGGAAAAGCAACGGGAGCUGGAGCGGCAGAGAGAGGAGGAGAGGAGGAAAGAAAUAGAGCGGCGAGAGGCUGCAAAACGGGAACUUGAAAGGCAACGGCAACUUGAAUGGGAACGGAAUCGGAGACAAGAACUUCUCAAUCAAAGAAACAAAGAACAAGAGGACAUAGUUGUACUGAAAGCGAAGAAAAAGACCUUGGAAUUUGAAUUAGAAGCUCUAAAUGAUAAAAAGCAUCAACUGGAAGGAAAACUUCAAGAUAUUAGAUGUCGUUUGACCACCCAAAGGCAAGAAAUUGAGAGCACAAACAAAUCCCGAGAGUUGAGAAUCGCUGAGAUCACUCACCUCCAGCAGCAGUUACAGGAGUCUCAGCAGAUGCUUGGAAGACUUAUUCCCGAGAAACAGAUACUCAAUGACCAACUAAAGCAAGUUCAACAAAACAGUCUGCACAGAGAUUCACUUCUUACACUCAAAAGAGCCCUAGAAGCAAAAGAACUAGCUCGGCAACAGCUUCGAGACCAACUAGAUGAAGUGGAAAAAGAAACGAGAUCAAAACUGCAGGAGAUUGAUAUUUUCAAUAAUCAGCUGAAGGAACUAAGAGAAAUGCAUAAUAAACAACAACUCCAGAAACAAAAGUCCAUAGAGGCUGAGCGACUGAAACAGAAAGAACAGGAGCGAAAGAUAAUAGAAUUAGAGAAACAGAAAGAGGAAGCCCAAAGACGAGCUCAGGAGCGGGACAAGCAGUGGCUGGAGCACGUGCAGCAAGAGGAUGAGCAUCAGCGGCCAAGAAAACUCCAGGAUGAGGACAAGCUAAAGAGGGAAGAGAGUGUCAAGAAGAAGGAGGGCGAGGAAAAAGGCAAACAGGAAACGCAAGACAAGCUGAGUCGCUUUUUCCAUCAACACCAAGAACCAGCUAAGCCAGCUGUCCAAACACCCUGGCCCACCGCAGAAAAAGGCCCUCUUACCAUUUCUGCUCAGGAGAAUGUGAAAGUGGUAUACUACCGAGCACUGUACCCCUUUGAAUCCAGAAGUCAUGAUGAGAUCACUAUCCAGCCGGGAGACAUAGUCAUGGUUAAAGGGGAAUGGGUGGAUGAAAGCCAAACUGGAGAACCGGGAUGGCUUGGAGGAGAAUUAAAAGGAAAAACAGGAUGGUUCCCUGCAAACUAUGCAGAGAAAAUACCAGAAAACGAGGUUCCCACUCCAGCCAAACCAGUGACUGAUGCCACAUCUGCCCCUGCCCCAAAACUGGCUCUGCGUGAGACGCCUGCCCCUUCAGUGGUGAGCUCUUCCGAGCCCUCCACCACCCCCAACAACUGGGCCGACUUCAGCUCCACGUGGCCCAGCAGCACGAAUGAAAAACCAGAAACGGAUAACUGGGAUGCGUGGGCAGCCCAGCCUUCGCUCACUGUCCCCAGCGCCGGCCAGUUAAGGCAGAGAUCGGCCUUUACUCCAGCCACAGCCACCGGCUCCUCCCCUUCUCCUGUGCUAGGCCAGGGUGAAAAGGUGGAGGGCCUACAAGCACAAGCCCUGUAUCCUUGGAGAGCCAAAAAAGACAACCAUUUAAAUUUUAACAAAAAUGAUGUCAUCACCGUCCUGGAACAGCAAGACAUGUGGUGGUUUGGAGAAGUUCAAGGUCAGAAGGGUUGGUUCCCCAAGUCUUACGUGAAACUCAUUUCAGGGCCCAUAAGGAAAUCUACAAGCAUGGAGUCUGGUCCUUCAGAAAGUCCCGCCAGCCGAAAAAGAGGAGCUUCCCCGGCCGCGAAGGCCACGGCCGCUUCGGGAGAAGAGUUUAUUGCCAUGUACACUUACGAGAGUUCUGAGCAAGGAGACUUAACCUUUCAGCAAGGGGAUGUGAUUUUGGUUACCAAGAAAGAUGGUGACUGGUGGACGGGAACAGUGGGCGACAAGUCCGGAGUCUUCCCUUCUAACUAUGUGAGACUUAAAGAUUCAGAGGGCUCUGGAACUGCUGGGAAAACAGGGAGUUUAGGAAAAAAACCUGAAAUCGCUCAGGUCAUCGCCUCGUACACCGCUACAGGCCCCGAGCAGCUCACUCUGGCCCCUGGUCAGCUGAUUCUGAUCCGAAAAAAGAACCCAGGCGGAUGGUGGGAAGGAGAGCUCCAAGCACGUGGAAAAAAGCGCCAGAUAGGCUGGUUCCCAGCUAAUUAUGUAAAACUUCUAAGUCCUGGGACGAGCAAAAUCACUCCAACGGAGCCACCCAAGUCCGCGGCGUUGCCCGCAGUGUGCCAGGUGAUCGGGAUGUACGAUUACACCGCGCAGAACGACGACGAGCUGGCCUUCAACAAGGGCCAGAUCAUCAACGUCCUCAACAAGGAGGACCCCGACUGGUGGAAAGGAGAAGUGAACGGACAAGUGGGGCUCUUCCCAUCCAAUUACGUGAAGCUGACCACAGACAUGGACCCAAGCCAGCAAUGGUGUUCAGACUUGCAUCUCCUGGAUAUGUUGACCCCGACGGAGAGAAAGCGACAAGGCUACAUCCAUGAGCUCAUUGUCACCGAGGAGAACUACGUGAAUGAUCUGCAGCUGGUCACAGAGAUCUUUCAGAAACCCCUGAUGGAGUCUGAGCUGCUGACAGAAAAAGAGGUUGCUAUGAUUUUUGUUAACUGGAAGGAGCUGAUUAUGUGUAAUAUCAAACUACUGAAGGCGCUGCGGGUCCGCAAGAAGAUGUCUGGGGAGAAGAUGCCGGUGAAGAUGAUCGGCGACAUCUUGAGCGCCCAGCUGCCGCACAUGCAGCCGUACAUUCGCUUCUGCAGCUGCCAGCUCAACGGAGCCGCCCUGAUCCAGCAGAAGACGGAUGAGGCCCCGGACUUCAAGGAGUUUGUCAAGAGACUGGCAAUGGAGCCCAGAUGUAAAGGGAUGCCUCUUUCCAGUUUUAUACUGAAGCCCAUGCAGCGGGUGACAAGAUACCCCCUGAUCAUUAAAAAUAUCCUGGAAAACACUCCUGAAAACCACCCUGACUACAGCCACCUGAAGCACGCCCUGGAGAAGGCGGAAGAGCUGUGUUCGCAGGUGAACGAGGGCGUGCGUGAGAAGGAGAACUCCGACCGGCUGGAGUGGAUCCAGGCGCACGUGCAGUGCGAGGGCCUGUCCGAGCAACUUGUGUUCAAUUCAGUGACCAACUGCUUGGGGCCACGCAAGUUUCUGCACAGCGGGAAACUCUACAAGGCCAAGAGCAACAAGGAGCUCUACGGUUUCCUGUUCAACGACUUCCUCCUGCUGACCCAGAUCACCAAGCCUUUGGGGUCUUCCGGCACCGACAAAGUCUUCAGCCCCAAAUCCAACCUGCAGUAUAAAAUGUACAAAACCCCUAUUUUCCUAAACGAGGUUCUAGUGAAAUUACCCACGGACCCUUCUGGUGAUGAACCCAUCUUCCACAUUUCCCACAUCGACCGGGUCUACACCCUCCGAGCAGAAAGCAUAAACGAGAGGACCGCCUGGGUGCAGAAGAUCAAAGCCGCCUCUGAACUCUACAUAGAGACGGAGAAGAAGAAGCGGGAGAAGGCUUACCUGGUGCGGUCCCAGAGGGCAACGGGCAUUGGAAGGCUGAUGGUGAACGUGGUAGAGGGCAUUGAGCUGAAGCCCUGCCGGUCACACGGAAAGAGCAACCCCUACUGCGAGGUGACCAUGGGCUCCCAGUGCCACAUCACCAAGACGAUCCAGGACACCCUGAACCCCAAGUGGAAUUCCAACUGCCAGUUCUUCAUCAGAGACCUGGAGCAGGAAGUGCUGUGCAUCACCGUGUUCGAGAGGGACCAGUUCUCACCCGAUGAUUUCUUGGGUCGAACAGAGAUCCGUGUGGCUGACAUCAAGAAAGACCAGGGCUCCAAGGGGCCAGUUACAAAGUGUCUCCUGCUGCACGAAGUCCCCACAGGAGAGAUUGUGGUCCGCUUGGACUUACAGUUGUUUGACGAGCCGUAGGGAGCGGCUCAGCACGUGCUCGGAGGAGCUCCCACCUGAGGCAGCAGGUGCUGUCUGGCAUUUGUGUUCCUUCGCUCGGCAUCCCUGGCGUUCAGCCACAGGGCAAUGGGACAGCAAAGACAGGCCCCCAGAGCGUCUAGGAAUCCUUGACAAUCCUGCCCCACCCUCCAAACAACCUCUCCUGUUAUGAAACGAGACUGUGUCUUCCUUGCCCCUCACCGCAGGUGUCAUCAUGGUUUCUAGGGUCUCUGAACUCCCAGAGCCCCAAGCUAACCUCAGCUGGGAGUCUGGCUCCGCCCAGGCUCUGGGCCCGGGUCUGAUGAUUAGAAAUCAGAUUUCUACAUGCAGUGUCUGUAUUUUUUUUUUUUUUUUUGAGAACUCAUGUAAUCCUCUUAUUUCUUACCUUCCUGCUGCCCCCAGUAGACUCCUUGGCCUGCAAUGCCCAGUCCCCGGAUGUUUAGAAACAAUCGUGAUGGUCCUGUCAUUGCUUUGAAAUCCCAUUGCCCACCAGGGAGAUGCUAAGAUGGUCUCACGGGAGCUGACCCACCCAUGGGAGAUGCCAACAUGUGUGCUGUGACCGCCGUUCCAUUCCCCUCUAGGCCUUGUCUGAGACGUAUGUCAAUGAAACACACUGUUGCGUACCAUCAGGUGACUCAGUUCUGGUCUGCGGCACGCUCGGAAGAUGACCGAGGGAGCGUGUCCUCCACAGAGCUGCACUCUGCUGGAUCACAUCCUGUGGGCCACCGGGAGGACAGCUUGACCGUGUCACCAAGUCCUGGUUACUAGACAUUGGUGGAGAGGGCUCUCAGGGCUCCCAGGGCCCUGUGCUGUGUCCUGACAACAGUCGCUGCUGAGAGCCAGCUCUUAGGCCUAUUCUGUGCUUGAAUGUACUGGAUUCCGGUCGUCAUGGGAAAUUGCAGUGGCCGUAUUUGGCAUAUUCCCCCCAAAAAGACAUGUUCUAGAUCUCCCAGGUGUGUGACAAGAGAAAAUGACAAGCAGGAGGCAGGGUGGAGAGGCACGAGGGAAAUCCACUACGUGAUGAGGGAAAGCCCAUAGGAGCAUGCAGGCCCACAAGCCCAAGGAUGUGGGUCUCACACACGUCAAUGUCUGAGUUACAGGGAGACACGUGCAUGCCUGUUGCCAGGGUCAGGAGGGAAUGGCCAUGGGCCAAGCUGUUUGGUUUGAGUUCUUAGAUUCUUUCCCCUUAAAUGCCAGGAGUUAGGCCGGUUAAUUAGAAUAAUAACGGUUUGCUAAUGAAAAGCGUGGGCCAUAUUUUGUUCGCAUGUUAAUGUUCUCAUAAUCCCAGUUGGUUGUGGCCAUGAGGUUUUUCUCUGCAUGUCCUCUUGGUGCGAGUCUGGCUUUCCUGCGUUAGGUGGUAUUCUCUUUGAUUGCUGGUCCUUAGAAUUUAAUUAGGGGUGUAGAAGUGCUUUCUAAAUGAUAGCGUCAGCAUAGUGGUAGAGUACCCGUUUUGCUGGGAACUGUAGUGUUUUUAAUUUUCCAUGAGAACCUGUCAUGUUUCAAUCAAUUUUUAAAAAGUGUGUGUUGGAAAGGACAACAAAGUUUACAUUUCAUACUUUUAAGAAACACUUUAUUAUUUAUUUAUUGAAAAUAGUGUAGAAUUUUGUAUUGAGGACAACAGACAUAAGUAUUUUUUGAAACAAGCCGAUAUAUCCUUUAGUUAGAACUUUUAACUGAAUAUGUUAUAGACCAAGUUUAACUUCAGGCAUGAUUUGUUUACCAUUUCCCAGCAGAAAACAUGGUAAAAUACUUUAAGUUUAUAUUUUUUGAUGUUGUUAAGAAACUUUCAAAUUAAAUCUAUAAAUAGAUGUGCAACUCAUGCCUUCCUAAUUCUGUAACCAAUAGAGUUUGUUCAGUGCAGUUCCGAAGGACAUGUUAUUAUGGUAGGAAGAAGUAUUAAAUGUAUAAAUGGGGUAGUGUGGAGCCACCAUUCCAGCCCCUUUCUUUCUGUUCUCUCUUUUCUUCAUGGACUUUAUUUUCGUGUUAGUGUUGGACAUCACUGUUCGAGUUGGCAGGAUGUGUUGUGUACAACAACACAGGGAACCUCUUAGGUCACAGGUCCUACCCCAGAGUCCCAUCCUUUGGGAUUAAUGUAGCAUGAAAAAGCAAUAUGUGUGUCUUCUGCCCCAGGUGGCUUUACCAAGCGUCCUUGAGAUGCCCCGUAGUGCGACAAGUUCUGCAUUAGCGCCCUGGUGUGCGUUCGCUGGUGUCAUUUGCAAUGUGACUGACUGUACUUACGGAUGAGCUGGACUGACCCCCAGAUCCGGCUGUGACUCAUGAGUCAUGUCUGGGGUGGAGGGGAGUGGGUGGUUCCUGGAGUCUUAAGCCCUUGGACAUCCAUCCUUCACUGUGGCCUUUUUGAUCAUCUCGGCUACACUUCAGAGAGAUGGAAUGCCCCUUGCCAAUGAGAAAUAUGCUUUCUAGAUCUUCUUUUCCUCUAAAUACAGGGUUUCUUUAGGUCAUGCCUCCUUGCAAGUAUUUUUCUUUUUUUGGGCCACACUGAUAGCUCCCUGUAUGCUCUGACCCAAGAAGAGGCUUUGCUGGUCACCUGGCUGUGCUGUGACCCUCAGGCAUCCCAAGAACACCUGAGAGCCCUGAAGACAGGAGCCCUGGAGCCGGGCGUUCUUCCUAGACCAGCUUCCGUGAAGGGACCAUCCACUUCCCGGUCUUUCUGGGGCAGAACUGAGAUCUCCCCUGCCAGGUAGUUAGACAGCAUCAUCUCCUGGAAUCAGGUCUUCUGUGACCACAGGAGCCUGAGGAUGUGGUUAAUUCAGACACAGGCCUGACCCGAGAUGGGAAGAGGGCUGGAGCCCCCAGAAAUGCUUGCGAAGCUGGAGCCAGGCUUCCCAGUCUGACCGUUUGCUGACGAUGGAGCCCUGUCUUCUGAUAGCACAGGCCCAAGCCCUGCUCUUGAGAGACAUUAAUGGAAGAGGCGCUAUGGCUUUUCUGCUUUGCUUUUUGAAUGCCCUUGGGCAGGAUCUACAUUUAUGAAACUAACUGAUUUCAGCUGGCUGAGUUGCCCUGGGUUUAACUGGGCGGAAGGGAUCCCAUCAGAAAGUGGGUGAGUUUACUGCUUGCAAGAUGUCUGCUCCAGUGCCCCGUGCCAGAACCUCAGGUGUCCUCCCAGGGCGUGGCCCAGGAGGUCAGGGGAAGGCAGUACUAAAGCCCCCUGGGGGAAGAUGCCUUCCAAGGCCAGGUAGGGGCUUGCUGGGGGCGAGUGGGAAGACCCUGAACCCUCCGGAGCUCAGAUCAAGGCAGCAAUGGACAAGGCGCUGCUGGUUGGGUUUCAGAGGUGGAGACCUUGGCAUGUAGUUCAGAGCUUGCCAAUACCUGGUAGGAGAAGAAAACGAACGUUCCGCCUCUACUACAAGUUGCUUUUCCUCGUUGGUUGGGCCUUCUUGAUUCGUUUGAAGGACACUUGCUCAAGGAAUUUCCAUUGGAAACACAAAGGAUGGCUUGAGUUGAUUCUUUUAUUCCCCCUUCCCUUUCAGGGUUGGAGAUGUGCUCUGUGGCAGAUGCCGGCCCGUCACAGGGGCGGCUGGUAUACCCUAGGUGUGAGGGGGGUUGUGUCGGGCUUGCGCUUCGGGUGAGCGUGCAGUGGCUCUGCAGGACGUACUCGCAUUACAAGUUGGAGAAAGGGAGGGGAUGAGAACUUGUGUGGCUUCUAGGUGUCAGCUCUUUCGCUCAUCCCAGGCUGAAGGGUAAUAAGUAGCAACUCAGUGACGUCCUCAGUGUGGUGUGCAUCUCGCUAGGGGGCGCUGGGCAAAACUAACACCUCCUUCUCUUUGCACCCUGGGGUCUGACGCACCUGCCAGGGACCUCCUGUCUUUCGCCAGGAACAACCCAGGCCAGCUGCCAAGACUCGCCUGGCAGUGCCCUGAGUUGCGUUUUGCAGGGACCACGCAGCAUUAGAUAAAUACCGUUGCAAACCUUCUUCCUCCUCCUCUGCUCUAGAGCAGCCCAGGGAAACCCGGGUCUUGUGUUUCUCUCUGUUUCUGAUCCGUUCGCUCACAGGGCCUGCCGAAGAGAGACCCUUCAGGGAAGGCUGGGUUAGGUGGGGCUUGGCGGGCCAGCCGGGGUUCUGGGACAGAUCCAGGGACAGAAGCAGGCUGGUGGAGUGGCAGGGGCUUCCCUGGACCAGGCCUGACCUCGCUGCUCCAGGAAGCACCCUCCGCCGCUGCCUCCUGCAGGUGGACACAUAGCUCCCUGGGGAGGAUCUUUUUUCUUUCUAGCACCCUGUAUUUGCCUGCCUGCCUGCCUGGGCCAAUGCCAUUGCCAUAGGAAGUCAGGCCUGUGGUUGUCUGUGAGGCUGUACUCCCAAGGUGGUAUCAUAAAGCAGUCGAAGAAUGGGCAGAAAGCAAGGCCGAGGGUCCAAAGAAAGCAAAACAGGCCACCCAGCGCCCCCUGCAGCCCUUCGGCUAACUUGCUUUUGCCGGCGUUAGACACCUGGGAGGCCACGUUCCCUGUGGCUUCCUCCUUUCUGGGGGCUCCUCAGAGCAGGCCGUUCCGGGGGGUGACGCAGCCUGGACCCCUUUGCAACCCUUGCUGUCCCCACACGCCAGCCAUGGCAUGAUUCGGAUGGCGAUUUGAUUCAUCCCCGCUGUCCUUGUCCCCAGUGCGGUGGCCCCUAGAAGCGGGGAGGUGCCCCCAAGGUCUAAGUUGGUUGGUUCUGAUGCGUCAGUGCCGCCUUGAGGGAUUGUUUGAAGUCCUGGAGCACUCCUGACGUUGGGUAUGACUCCAGGAAGGCGCUGGCUGGGCUGCAGCCCCCGCCCCAGCGUCUUUUCUGAGUGAGGUCCCCGUGCUCCAUUGUACUUGGAAAGCAGUUGUUUAUUUGAGCUGGAGUAAAGGAAAGUUCUAGAACUCCUGCUUCCUCACCUUGCAUUGUAUCAGAUCCACGAUCUGUGUUUAGGUCACCAGGCUCAGCACACCCUUCCAUCUGUAGGAGGCAGAAAAGACUCCGUCCCUGCGGGGUAUGGACAAUGUCUUCCACCUGUAGGAUAGCAGUGGCCACCAGUUCUCAGGGGCAUCGGAACCCAGAGGCCAACACACCGUACAGUCUGGGCUGGGCUCUCCCAGGGAUGUCAUCAGUAGCCCGAUAGUGCAUCGCUUGUCCUGGGAACCCCCAUGCUGGUCCUGGCUACCAUCCAAGGGGCCGGGGGACAGCGGGAGGGGCCUGCCUCUGUGUCUUAUAAGCCCAAUUGUAGGUCUCAUCUUAGGUCAUUUAAAUAAUACCCAAUGCUUUUAGAAAUUCGUAUCAUUCUGCAUUCGACUCUUCAGGCCUGUGUGGAUCCAUCUGUUCCUCCACUGGACGGCACUGCCUUUGUUCCGGCCCUGGGGGAGCCGGCUAACAUCCCCCCGGGAGCAGCUUUGACCCUGCGUGCGGUUGUCGUAUUUCAGGGUACAUGUGCUCCCGGUGUAGGCCAGAGCGUGUUGUGAGCUGUGCUUCAACAGAGUUCCGUCCUGUUCUCUAUUCCAGCGUAUCUUGGUCCUGCCCCCCGACGAGUGUAAAUAUUUCAGUAUUCAAAGCUCCCAGAGGAGACCUGUGUGUCCAGAAGUGGGCUUGUCGGGUCAGCCCUGAAAACAGUCAGCGUUUCUCUGCCGUCUCCUGAGACCCCAGCAGCAGCCCAGGCUGCUUUUCCUGCAGGAGUAGAUUUGCACGUGGGGAAGUAUCGUUCCGUGCAUCUCAAGCUCUGUCCCUUCGCCCUUCUCCUCUUACACCCAGCUCUCCCGUUUCCUCCUACCAUCUGCAGGGAGCGGCCCAGGGCCGGGCCAGUGGCUUGUUGCCUGGCCGCAGCCCAGGGGGCAGAGGGGACUUCCUGUCCCACAGGCAGGUCCCAAGCUGCUGGCUCCAUCUACCGCCGCUCCGGGGCAUUGCCCUGGUGAGAGUCAGAAGGCGCUUGCUGGUGGCUGAGCGCGCUGGAGAUGGGGGCGGGAAUGUGGGCGGGGCAGAGCUUGGCGCUGGCCCAGGCCUGGGAGGCGGGAAGCAGGAGUGGGAAGGAAGCUAGGAUUAAGUGUGGGGCUGGAACCCAGUGCUCCUGGGGCACCUGGUGAGGUUGUGCUGGGGUUGGGGUGCCCCUGCCACCCAGACCCCGUUUCUAAAUUGAAGGUGCCCCAACCCCCAUUGCUGGGUGGGGCAAGGCUGGCUAGGGGAGGACCCCCCCUCCUACACCCGGCUCCUGGGGUUGGCUACCUGAGUCUCUCCAGGCCAACUUUGACCUCUGGAAUCGGAGCUGGAGAGAACUUGCAGGUGGAAUGCAGUGGCUCACGGUGUAUGUGUGAGUGUGUGUGUUGUAUGUGAGAACAUGUGUGUUGUGUGUGUUUGUGUGACUAUGUAUGUUGUGUGUGUGUGUUGGCACCGGCAACAGGGGACAGAGGCCGAAUGGACAGCAGAUGGACGGGGAGGCACCAGCGAUGCUGGCCCAACCCUCCCCUGGUCACACUCAGGGCCAAGUGUAAAACGGGAACGCGGGUCCCUUGUUCAAGACGAUGAACUUCAAGGUGGCGGCAGCCCCUUUAGAGAGAGGGCCCUGUGUGAGCGUGCAGCUCGCCCACCCCGGCCCUGCCCGCUGCGCUGUCUGCAGGUUCUUACGGCAGGGGGUGGGGGGGUGGGGUGGGGGUGGGGCUUCGUCCUGUGGCUCUUUCCUUGGAAAGGUCUCCGGCAGGCAGGGAAGGGCGGGGUGGACCUGCUUCCCGGAUGUCUGCUUGCUGUUUCCUAAAAGCACAAAUGGACAGGACGAGGAGAGGUUAGGGCACCUGCGUGCCCGUGGCUGCAGAGGGGGCGGCAGGGCUGGGCUCCAGGCUUGUACACUGAAGGCACGGUGGCCCUGAGCCCUGCGCCAGUGAACCCCACUUUGAAACAAAGCCCUUUCUGUGGUUGCAGUCACCCGCUGGGGGGCUCCCCCCACCUUUGCUGUGAGGCUUCGGGAGGGACCUGGGAGCCCUCAGUGCCGCCUGCCCCGUGCCUGGACACUUGUCCCUCCUGCCACCCUCCCCGGGUGCCUGGGAGACAGCGGCUUCUGAGGGUGCAGCUCCCCAGCUGGGCUCCCCCCAGACGCAUGGCUGUGACGCAGGGGGACGUUAGGAGACGGGAUAGGACCUGCUGUGUCUAACCUCGCGUUCCAGACGCCCUGGCACGGCCCCACCCUAGCGUGCUCCUCUGCUUGUCCGCUCUGUUCUUUGCUGACUUCCACUUUCACUGGGCUGUAAGCUCCACAACUUGGGCGGUUCUGUUUGCUUCCCGCCCAAAGGUCUCCUUUCUACACCUUCAGAGCAAUAACCCUUUCUGUGGCUCACGACCCUGUCCCUGAUGGUAACGUUUGCCAAGUAAAAAAUGUUGGCAGAAGUUCAGACAGAAGCUGCAAACCCACCUCCCAUGGAUUUGGCUGAGUCACCUGGAAGGCAGUGGCAAAUCCUAGCUUUGUUUCCAUGGGGCUUGCAACCUUCCAGACUGCAGAGAGUUCUGGAAGCAUUCCCCAGAGGCGUUUAACUCAGGUGGAGUCCCCGUUGGUUUUAACGAAUGGGCUUUGGGAGGUAUGUUUUUAUAAAUCAACAUCGUUAAAAUGUCACUUCUUCCCUGGGACAGAGGGGAGUGUCUGGCAAGAGUGCUGUUGAUGGUGUUCAGGUUGAGCCAUGCCUUUAAAGCAUACAUCACCAGUAGCCCGAAUACCUUUAAACUGUGAAACCAACCUCAGACCUUGUCCCUGUCGUCUGCCUCGUCCCCUUCUCUCGCGUUGCCUGUGUGGGUGGCGGGCUUGGUGACCAUCACUCCCGUGGCACUGCCUUAGCUCCCUCGGUUUUGUGCCCUCACAUGUAGAGCGGGUGCACCAGUGUGUAAACAUGUGUAUACAGACGAGGAACGGCAAUGAAAAUGUCCUGUGUAUGAUAAUCAGCUCGCAGCCUACAGUUCUCUGCGUCUCUCGCAAACAAUGUAGAACGUAGCCACAUCACGUGGCAUCAGAACAGCCAUGAUGUGGAAGAGACUAUGUUGUUAAAUGUUGCAAACACUAACACAGAUUCUGUAGUCAACAAAUAUUUAACUUGUUAUUGUAAAAUGUGACUUGUCAUUGAGAGAUUAUUUUUCUGUAUGUAUAUGAGAGUAUUUUAGGAAUCUAAUUUAAGUGCAUACUACUAUAGAAAAAAAAAAAUCUAAACCUAUUCCAGGAGUAGCAAAUGCUCAAUCAGAUUACUUGGGUCCAACCCUACUAAAUUUCUUAUAUUAAAAAAGAAACACUCUAAGUUGUAUAUGUUAGAAGUCUAAAGGAACCCCUCACCCCCACCCCCGCCCCCAGGGAAAGGGUGGUACCGCAGUAAACAGAAAGGCACCUGUUGGCCGUGGCCUUGGUGAGACCUCAGCAUCGCAGACAGGUUUGUGCAGACGCUGUGCUCUGAGGGGCGCCCGUGUCAGGGACGAGGAGGAGUGGAGAGCUGGUUUCCAUCAGGCCCACUUGCCACUGGAGCUUCCCUGGGUCCAGGCAGCCUGGUCAGGAAGGGGGGCUGCCCCGGCCACUGCUUGGAGAAGGCAGGGAGGCCGCCUGACUUCAGGGUCCCCCUCCUACUCCUCCUAGAUACUAGGCAUAUCCCCCCAGUGCUGGCCCUGUCCACAGAGCAUCCCCACCCUAAGAGUGUGUGGCUGAGCGGGUGCGAGGGUGAGGAUGCACUUUAUCCCCAUGGAGACCCCAAGGGCGAGAGGCCUUCCUCCCUUUCCCAUCCCUCUUCCCAGGGAACUUCUCAGAAGGCCGGGCUGCCUCGGGGGCACAGACUUUCUCUACUCCCCACCAAGGAAGUCCCUGGAGGUCACCCUAGGAGGGCUCCACAAAGCUCGCUGCAGGCUGGAAUUGCUACCGGCAUGCAAAGAGCUGCCUUCUGGGGUUUGAGGGCAUUGCACAGCGGUCAUGGCUGGUGGGAAGCUUAGGGCUGCUGGCUUGUGCGGCCACAUUGUGGGUGAGCGCUGGGGUCUCAGCACUUCUUUCAACAGCUGCGUGUCUCAGUUCCCUUUGGAUAGGACCGAAAUUGAGGGGUGUUUGAGUGCAGGUGACUCCCUGGACUCCAGGGGUGGGAGAAGCUGGGAUUUCUGGAAGCUUCCUGGAACCUAUAAAGGCAUACGGAUAAUCUGCCCAUCACCUUGAGUGGCUGGUAACUGGCUGUACCCCCAAGGAUGUAGCCGUUUAGAUUCUGUGUCCAGGUGUAGUCUGGGAAGCAAGUACAACCAGCACGCCCUGGCCCACCCACCCUCCUAGGCCUUGACUCCCUUCCCCUCAGGACGCCCUCUCGGCAGGGAUGCGAGUGGGGACAGCUCUGGUGGCUGGCAAACCCUCUCCAUUAGCCUCUGCCUGUUUGGAAAAGGUGACCGGUCAGAUCAUGAGUACCUUGAGUUUGCGGCGACACAUGGGCCGCACUGCUGGUGGCCUGUCGCUUCCCGCACAGCCCUGCCCGGGGUGGGGACGGAGCCACCCCUCGGCGCACGUCCUGCUGACUGUAAUAUACUUCUGUUGCCAAACGAUGGAAUGGUUCAGUUUUCCGUAAGAGGAAGACUUUGUCGUCUGCUGUGUAACGCGAAUGCAGUUCUCAAAAUUACUAGUUGCAAUUAUAAAUUGUUCAAUCAUGUGUUUGUCUAAGGUUCCAUGAAACAGGGCCAAAACACUAGGUUUCCUUUGUCAGUUUCAAAGAAGCCUAGGCUGGUUUUGCUGUUUGAGUGUCCGUGCGGCACCUCAUGUGUGGAAUGUUCAAUUUUCCUGGUUUCAACCACGGCGACUCCGUUGGCCGGUUUUCCGUUCGAUCAGUGGUGACAUCAGUACAUGCGGCGGUUCCUCUGUACCUUGAACCUGAAAAGAACGACCUGUCCAGAGCAACCCUCUCGGUCACUUUGACCUGUCCGGUUUAAACUCCUGGUUCAUGCAUGAGACGAGGAAAGCUACCUCUGCUCAGCGGGUUGUUCGGGAUCCUUUGUGCCCCGCCUCGCCCUGAGCGCCCAGGGAGCCGAGAGCCCUGCCCCUGCGUGUCUCCUGCUCCUGCAGGUAAGGGCGCACUCAGGCAAGGAGAAUCAAGCAGCAACAAACCUCCAAGACCAACCGGCUGCCCUUCCGAGGCUUCCCGCCGCCUUCAGACACACGUCGGCCCCACUCGAGCCGAGGAUUUCCGAGAAACGGACUUCCGCAUGGGCAACCCGAGAAAGGCUGCGGGCUGGGCGGCCGCGAGAGGCCGAGCUCCUAUCCCCUUCAGAGGGGCUGCGCUGGACUUCUGCCGAGAGGCGUCUCCUGCCAACAACCCUGUGUGUUCAGAACUUGGACUUCCAACCUGGGGCGCCGCCUGCCAGCCCAGCACCCGAUCUCACUGGUACCUGAAUCUCACCGUACUGUUUGUGUUUCUAUUCUUUUGUUCCGAGUUCGAGGCAAUUCUUCCAUCUUUCAUCCCUGAUUUCAGAGACUAUGAAUAAAUCCUGUAAGUUCUCUAGUUGGCUUGGACCCUGGUUGAACUGUUACAGGCCCUAAAUGCAGCGUGUCUGCCUUUUCUAAGCCAGCAAGCCCCAUCUCUGAUAAUCGUAAAGACCACGACUUAGGUCCUUUUUCGCUUGGUUUUAGAAGUUGUAAAAAGAAAUCAGAGGUGGGCGUUUGGUGUAGUAGCUAACACGACACUUGAGCUGGCACCGCGUGCGGGGGUUAAGCCACUCGUUGCGACACUGGCAGCCCACAUCACAGCUGUCCUGUUUCUGAUCCAGCUCCCCACUGACGCGCCCACGAAGGACAGGCCCUGCCACCCACGUGGAAGACCCACAUGGAGUUCCUGGCUCCUGGCUUUGGAGCAACCACUUGGGGAGUGAACCAGCAGAUGGGAGAUUUUCUCUCUCAUCACUCUACCUUUCAAAUAAAUAAUCUUAAAAAAAAAAAAAAAAAAA